CCAAUCGCGUUGCGAGUCGUGGUGCAGUAACUUUAGCGCUGUCACAGCGUUCUGAAAAACGAUCAGCGGUGCUGCGGUUCAUGUCACUUUGGGACAGAAAGCUGCAGCGGGUCUGAUCACAGGCAUGGCAACAGCUCAGUCAGUGUUCACUGUGGUUGUGAGCAUUCUUUUCAUCACAGAGCUGAUUCUGGCCGAGAAAGACUACUACGAGAUCCUGGGUGUACCCAAAGAUGCAUCUGACCGGCAGAUCAAAAAAGCUUUCCAUAAAUUAGCCAUGAGGUAUCACCCUGAUAAAAACAAAAGCCCUGACGCUGAGGCAAAGUUCAGAGAGAUCGCUGAGGCAUAUGAAACAUUAUCAGAUGACAAUCGGAGAAAGGAGUACGAUCAGAUGAGGAGCAGUCCGUUCUCCAGAGAGAGUCCAAGAGGAGGCGGUGACCACUUCCGUCAACAUUUUAGCUUCAACUUCGAUGAUAUAUUCAGAGACUCUGACAUGUUUGGAAACAAUCCUCAUUUGCAUAAUAAAAGACAUUUCGAGAGCCACUUUCAGGCCCACGAAGAAGCACGUAACAGGCACAGGAGGCACUUCCAGCACUCUUUCGGUGGUGGCAUAUUUGAUGAUAUGUUUGAGGAUAUGGAGAGGAUGUUCUCGUUUAAUGGACACCAGACUCGGACUAAGAGCAGGUUUCAUGGUUCCAGCAGGCAGCACUGUAGGACUGUCACACAGCGAAGGGGCAACAUGGUUACAACACACACAGACUGCUCUUGAGUUAAUGUGCACAUGGGAAUGUCUUUUGGUUGUGUUGACUGAAACUGUAAUUAAUUCUGUUGUGCUUUUUUGUGUUUUGGAUCAGUUCUGAUGACCUCUAUAAAAUCGUCUGCAAGAAUCACACAUUUUUUUGGGCAUAACAUCCUCCGUUUAGGGAUCCUAAGUCUGACUUUAUACAAAAUUCACCAUCCACAACAUAUUAAUAGUUAUCAACAGUUAACAUUAACAUGUAUUCACUGUGAACACGAUGACCUCAUAUGGCAAAAAAAAAAACAUUUUCAGAUAUAUUUUAAAUAUAUUUCAAAAUAUAUAAAA